AAAUGGAACGACCAAAAGAAGGAAUGGCGAAUACCGUUGCAUAUUCUGCUAUGUCCAUGGGCGUCCGCACAUAGGGGCAAAUGGGGUCAACUGACCCCCCUGGAAAAUUGAUGAGCGAAAAAGAUAGUUGAAUAUGGAAAAAUCUAUACGUGUACAAUUAUGAUUCCUGAAUUGAACAAUAACAGUAGGGUUAGCUGAAAUAAUUCGCGUUCAGAAUAAAUCUGAACCAAGAGUCUGCCAAAGAAAAAAUCAUCAAAAGACUUAAGGCGGCAAUUUAUAUUGACUACAGUAGGAUUCCUGUUUGCCGUCUUGCCAGUUGUGGUUGCAGCCUCAGUGGAGAGGUGACCGGUUCAAGCAGCCAUGUGUUCCGUGGACUACGCCCCACACUACAGACCCUUCCAACGCAGCAGGAGCGAGGCGUUACCUCCCCAGGCAGCAGACAUCGUCCAGAGUGGUCAAAACGGCAGAGAAAGAGAUGUCGAUGGGAAGACCCACCUUGAGAAUCCGACCUUAAACGCUUUCAGAACCGGGAAUGGAAAUGAUGCAGAAAGCGACGCAAAUGAAUCCAGAUACAGCUCUGGUAAGCUCAACGAGGAGCUCUUGCGAGCCAAGUACAAAGGUUUGAUUGAACCGUCAUCGCCACUGCAAGAUUCAGAUGAUGAACGUGAGUCAAACAGUCCCGUCGAUUACGACGCAAACAGGAGGAGUGACCACUUCCAGAAGCAACACUUACCAAGCAACAUAAAUCUCUAUUCCCCAUACGGUCUAGACAGAUCCCGUUUACCGUACCCUCUGGACCCCUCAUCCGUCUUUGGUAAGGACAGACACAGUCUCGGCGACACAGGAGGCCCAGGUUUGCAGGCUCAGUUUGAAGAGGAGUUUUUGCGACGUCGUUUUUCCCUGCAGGAGCCUCGGGCUGACCUACAGCGAGACUCGAAACUUUCCCCUGGCAGCACAGGAAGCCCCAGUCACCCCGCCAGCCCCUCCAGCUCCCUACAGGGGUCGUCUCCCUUCACGAGUCCAUGUCAUCAGAGGUCCAUGCACAAUAUCUCCUUCGACGAACAGGACAGCAAUAACUUUUUGCCACGUAUUAAGGAAGGGCUCUACUUCUGCCAUUUGUGCAGCUUUUCAGGGUCGACGCAGGAGGAGUUUGAUGGUCACAUGUCGGUUCAUUUCGAGCACAUCUGCCCGCACUGUGACUACAAGUCCCGGACAGAGGGAAGACUCAAGCGGCACAUCAAGGACUUUCACACAGACGACUCUGACGGUGGUUACGGGGCCCGCACGAUGCCCGGACGACCCAAAGUGUUCCGUUGCAAGCAGUGUGAAUUCUCAUCCACUGAUAAGAUCGAGUUUUGGACGCACUCGCGCAGCCAUAUCAAAGAGGACAAAAUCCUUCAGUGCCCGCGUUGUCCAUUUGUUACCGAGUACAAGCACCAUCUUGAGUACCACCUUCGCAACCACUUCGGCUCGAAACCUUUCAAGUGCCCCAAGUGCAACUAUGCCUGCGUCAACAAGUCCAUGCUGAACUCUCAUAUGAAGUCCCACACGAACGUCUAUCAGUACAGAUGCGCUGACUGCACAUAUGCCACCAAGUACUGUCACAGCUUGAAGCUCCAUCUUCGCAAGUACAAUCACAAACCCGCCGCAGUCCUCAACUCUGACGGUUCUCUACCCCAGGGAGUGGACGCUACGGCCUCAGGGCUCUCCCUUCUGGCCAAAAGGGGCCCACCAAGGGGACCUAGGGGACCCAGGAAGGAUAAAAUGGAUCAAUCGCCACCCACUGGUUACCUGCCCCUGCCACCCUCGCCAUUGGGCCACAUGCCAGGAAUGUCAGGUAUGCCAGGCAUGAUGAACCCUUUCUGGCCCAUGAUGCAAAUGCAGGGCAGGUUACCUCUUCCACUCGCUUUCCCACCUCGAUUCAACCCGCAUUUGUCAGGCUUACCGCCCAUGGGCAUUAAAUUAGAAGACGGUGGCCUGAAAUCAACACCGACAAGCAAUGCUGGUCCAAUGCCGUCCGGCAUGUUCAAGUGCAAUUUCUGCAGUUUUGUUGCUUCUAGUCAGGAAUUUCUUACCAGUCACAUUAGGACAUUACACGCGACGGACAACAAAGACUUGUUCUCCAUGUUUGGAUUCUCAUCUGAAAUGCUGCUCGGAGAAAACAAGAAACGACUGUUCACGCCUGACGAAGACGAAGCUUCACCUUCCAAAGUACAAAAACUAGACCGUCGGUUUUUGCCCAAUGUUCGAGUGAAGAAGGAAGAAGAUAACGGUUUUCAUGUCAGCAAAUCCGACAAAGCUCGUAAUGGCAAGGAGGCAAUAGAUCUAUCAUUGUAUUCCUUCAUGAACGGAAAGUACCCUGGCAUCAGCAGCAUGAAAGAUGAGAGCGUAGAUAUCCUAAAGCAGAUGACUCUGAAAUUUGGUUCCGGUCCAGUGGACAUGCAGAGAAAGUACCCUACGUCCACUGCUCCUGUAUUGUCCAGUUCCCCGGUGGUCAGUUCGCCAAUGGUCAGCUCAGCUGUACACUCCAUGGACAGCCCUCUGGACCUGACCAAGCCAAGAAGUCCUGACUCCAUACCCAGCAUGCAGCAGUACCCAGCAGCUCUUCAGAGGUUCAAAAAGGAGGAAAAAAAGCUCUAUGCUGUGGAGGAGGAAGAGCACUCAAGUGGAGAGAAUUCUACAUACUCUUCCCAUUCCAAUCCUGGAGUAGCCUCCCCUCAGCAGAGGAAAAGGUCUCGCAAGGGAAAAGCAUUCAAGCUUGAUACGUUUUGUAUGAAGUUACACGAGAAGCAUGGAAAUCAGUAUAUAAGCGAUGAUAACUCAGAUGUAGAGUUGGAAGGAAUGUACACCCCUGAGCUGAUUAAUGAACCCACUUAUGUAAAGAUUGAACCAAAAGAGAAAUUUGGGGAAAAAGUGGAAAUUGAUUGCAAAGAAAAUGUUGGAGAAAUGAGAAUAGGGGGCAAGGCAAAAGAGCAAGAUGGCGAAAAAAGUGAUAAGAAUGAAAAAUCUAACGGUGAUCAACAGGAACUGUCCGCUAACGAAGAAAAGCUUACAGAAAUAAGGGACAAAAAUGAGAAUAACUUAGUAGAUACACAGGAAGAAUUGGAAGAUAAAUAUGUAAAAGACAUGCACAUUAAGAAAGAUGGAGAUGAGGUUAAGCCAUUAGCCUCGCAGGGUUUGAUAACCCAGAACCGCAGGAAAGCAGUUCCAGCUGCCAUACAGAGGGGUGCAGAUAUUGCAUGGAAAAUGCUGAACGAUCCAGAAAUCACAGAUCCAUCACAGAUCAUAGGGAAUGGCAGAAACAGCCCCAAAAUUGAGAUGACAGCUUUGGAUAAAAAACUUCUAUUUGAGGCUCCAGAGUGUACCAAGACGUUACAAGGCUCCCAACCGGGGGAAUUUGAAUGCCCACACUGUCGUAUUGCUUUCGGAGACCUGGUUAUGUAUACGAUGCACAUGGGUUACCACGGGUUCAGGGAUCCGUAUAAGUGUAAUAUGUGUGGCGACACGUGUAAAGAUCGGGUGGAAUUCUUCCUGCAUAUAGCACGGGCAGCACACAACUGAUGUUUUAACGAACUAAGCAAUCUUUAUGAAAAACUUCACGCAUUGCCACAGACAGCGUUUACCUUUUGAUGUUGAGUGUAAAUGCUGCUGUUGGAACCUAAGUUGACACUUUUAUUGUUAUAUUACUGUUUGUUAACAUUGAUAUUGUUGUUGUUAUACUAGUAUUAUAUUUGAAUUCCCGAUUUGCCUUCUUUUAAUCAGUGUGUAAAUCUUGAAAAUAUGUACAUAUGUUACAAUAAUUUUGUUGGGUGUGUUAUUUGGUUGAUGUUAUAAUUUUCUAUUUAUGCAGCUUUGAUAUUCAGAAGGCACUGAAAAGCUAGUGCUCAAUGACUUGCAGCUAUUUUAGUAAACAUUUAAAUGUUGCUUACAAAAGUGAUAAUUGAAAUCCUCUGACAUUGUGAAAUGACAAAUAUGUAAUCAUGAAUUUUGUGUUUUAUUUUCGGAGACUGUUUGUGUAAGUUGGAUAGAAUAUCACAAUGUCAUUCUGCACAUUGUGCUGUUCAGCACAUAGCUUUUCGAUUAUCACCAUUUUUUUAAACUUAAUAAGUGCAUUGAAAUUUCUUUGAGACAACAUUAAAUAUAUAAAACCUUGCUUCCUAAUGGCAUGUGAGGAAUAACCCUUUAACAUUUAGAGGACAUUAAAAACACAAUGAAUGCAAUAAAAUCAAAAGUGUUGAGAAUAAAAAUUAUGGUUUAUAGAUGGUAUUGCAAAUAUGCUUCAAGUAAAUUAGAUCACAUCAAUGAAAAUGCACACAUAUUCUGUUCAGUUUAAAGUAAAUGCUGUUUGGAAUAUAUUAGUUUGUUAAUGUAUUAUCCGGAAUACUUUUGCACAUGCUGCCGAUAUUCAAAGCAUGUUUUGCCCAACACUGGUUUAGAAUAAGGCUAUGCUGUUAUCAUCCAUUAUGUCUAUAUUUGUAUUUAUGUGCUAUGUUUUAACUUAGAAUUCCCUAGUCACAUGAUAUUUUUGUUUUGUGUAUGAUUUUACGUAUUAUUUAAUUGUUUCUAUGUUUUUGUUACAAGUUAUACACAUAUCCUUGUACACAUUUUGUAAGAUUCAUCGACAAAAUUAAAACGUAUUCCUUCAAAGAUUCUAGAUUUUUCCUUUGUCAUUUGGAAGUUUCGCAAUGUCAGGCUUUUAUGUGUUACAGACGAAAUUGUUGAUAUUUUUUUUAUGUCAUCAACAUUUAUCACAUUCCAAUAAUAUGUAACAUUAUAUCAUGAUUCCUGAUUGAUUUUCAUUAUUGGAUUCAUUAUAAAAUUAUUACACAUAAAGCCCAUCAUCUCGCCAACAUUUCAGAAAUAAUGCCUUUUUGGUGUAAAUCUUGUUACAAGUAUGUCCAAAUAAUGUUAAAAGGCUAACCUACAAUAGAAGAACACACAAUUGUUGAUUUGUAAGACUACAUUCAAAAGCAAUAAUUGAUAGAUAAUUGACAUUAUAUGUCAAUAUAAUGAUAAUAUGUUUCCAGGGUACUGUUUAACAAUGAUACACAUUCCUGCCCAAUUCUAACGCACAAUUAUGAGUCAGGUUUUCAAAGCAUUGUCAGACAAACUAAUGUUUAUGCAGGUACUAGCCCUGCAAUUUAAAUAUGUGAUGUUUUUUAUAAAUCAUGUAUCUCAGUAUUUUGUUACAGCAUUAUCGUUUUAACUCUUUUUGCACUCAUUAGUUAGUUCACUUUUGCAGCUCAUUGUAAAUCCAUUUAAAGUAUUUUGAAAUAGCUUGCCAUCUUUACUGCAUUUGAAAGCUCAGGGAUGAAAUAUUGUAUUUCUUUAUUUAUAUCAUUAUUUAAAUGAGCCACUGGGAAAACAGGGCUUAAUGCAUGUGUGUAAAGUGUCAUGCCAGAUUAGCCUGUCAGUCUGCACAGGCUAAUCAGGGACAACACUUACCGCUUUAAUGAUAUUUUCUCUUGAAAGAAAGUCUCUUCUUAGCAAAAAUCUAAUUAAGGUGGAAAGUGUUUUUCCUGAUUAGCCUGUGCAGACUGCACAGGCUAAUCUGGGACGACACUUUACGCACAUGCAUUAAGCCCCCUUUUACCCAAAUCAUGGCUUAUCAUUGUAACAGCAUUACAUCGUAGUCUAGUGUUAGCACAGUGUAGUACACGUACUGUAGAAAUAAGGUUUAUACUAAGAUUUUGGUAUUUAUAUACAUGAAUGAAAUCAAGACAAAAAAGUUUUUCAAUUUAUCAAAAUGUCUUUGAAUAAAUAUGAUGUUACAAGUUCCUGGAAAUGUACAAUUUAUAAGUUCUCAGUAAAAAUAUUCAGUACUCUUUUAUAUAUCUCUCAAGAUAUUAUCUUUAAACUUAAUGCAAAGGAAUACAUUUGUUCACUGCAUGAAGCAAAUAAGUAUUUUUCCUGAUGGUUUGAGGAUAGUCAGUUUUGACCUGUUAACCCUUUACCCUUUAGAUAGGUAUUUUGACGCAUUUGCAGUCCCUUAGAAAGUUACAUUCAAUUAAACACCUUUCUUACUGGAUUCAAGUUUUAAAGGCUUCAUGUCCAACCCUUAGAUACUAGUGAGAACCAAACAGCAUAAAACCUGAACAGACUGCAAGUUACUCGCAGGCUGUUCUGGUUUUAUGCUGUUUGCACAUAGCCAUUUUCACUUUGCUUCUGAGUGGGAAAGGGUUUAAUCAAGUUGGCAUUUAUAAAUGUCUGUUAAUAUCACAGUGUUUUUGAACUAAAGUGUUCCUAAGGUCAAGUAACCUUUAACAUGUCUGAGGUGAUUGGAUUUUAUUCAGUAGCUAGUUAGUACUUGUUUCGUUGGUUGAUAUGUAUUGAAGCUACACAAACCUGCUAGACAUAAAACUGCAUUUGAAAUGUGUUGAGACAUUGGCACGUCGGCAGUUUAAAGUUGGAAGUUAAUAAUGAUGGCUCCAAUUUUGAAUAUAAGAUUUUUUUGUCUAAUUUGAAAAGUACACAUGUAUUGUUGAGAAUAAUCAGAAACGGUCAAAUCCAGUUAUUAUUAAAAUGCAUCCCAGUUUUGUAAACGCAUUAGAAUUAUUAAAAUAUAUGUAUAUUUUUUAAAACUAUUUAUUGUCAUAUAUUUUUGCAAUACUUUAAUGUAUAUUAAUUUUGUAGGAUAUCUGUAGUCGUAAUUAUAUUUAUGAUGAUUUGUUGAUUGACGAUGAUAUUAAUUUCUAGCCACUUGCAAUACUUGAUGUUGUCAUUUUUGUGUUAAACUUAUUUUGUCUUUAAUUUAAAAAUAUAUGUGUGUAACUUUCCAAAAUGUAUACUCCCAUUUUUUCCUUCAUGCAAAAUAUAUUCUAGUAUUUUUCAAAUGUUUCAUUCCCCGGUAAAGACGUUCCUCAGAAAAGAUAUGAGCCACAUUUUGGGAAAACAGGGCUUAAUGCACGUGUAUAGUGUCAUCACAGAUUAGCCUGUGCAGUUCGCUUAGGCUAAUCAGGGACAACACUUUUUACUUAUAUGGAAUUUUUCCUUUAUAGGAAGUCUCUUAUUAAGUUAAAUUCUAUUAAAGUGGCAAGUGUUGUCCCUAUUAAGCCUGUUAAGACAGCACAGGCUAAUCUGGUAGGACACUUUAAACACAUGCAUUAAGUCUUUUAUUCCCAGCACCCAGCUCAUAUUAACAUGGCAUGUCUGAUUACUGACAUGGUCUCCUAAAAAAGCCUUCGUAAGUGUGCUAAACUUAGGUUAAUUCCUUAUAUUGUUAAGUCAUUGGCAGUGCCAGUGUUAUUCUUCACAUAAAUUGUUUACACAUUUAAAUGUUGCUAAUUACAUGUUCAUUAUCAUUGUAUUAUUAUAUACCUUUGACAUCAUUGGAGGCAAUGUACAGAAUUAAAUUUGAAUUUUAACUAAAGUAUGUUUCAAUUUAAUAAAAAGCUUAUCCCAUAGGAGCUUUUUAAUGGUGACCACACAUCAGUGAAAAUAAACGAUAAUAAUGCCUAACUUUGUACAGGCCACUGAUACUCAAAUAUAUCUACCUCCUAACUUGAAAAUACUUGACCCUUUUAAAAGAUGAUAAUUAUGUGUAUUGACGUCUUUCUCUUUGUGAGAGUAACUUAAAAUGUUCAUGAUUUAGAAUUUUUAAAUAUAAUACCUCAAAGUAAUACCCUUCAUCAAGUACUGCUUCUACAAGUAACAGGUAAAUAUAACACCUCAAAGUAAUACACUUCAUCAAGUACUGCUUCUACAAGUAACACUCAAAGUAAUACACUUCAUCUAGUACUGCUUCUACAAGUAACAGUUAAAUACAAGGAUCUCCAAUUGUAUCAAAGAACCUUUUUUCCUGAACUGGCCUAAAGUGAGUUAAAACAAUGUUUUCAAAACGAUUAAUUAUUUGUGAUCAUUACAUAUUUUAAACUUUUGAAUGUACUAAAAUAUAUUGUACGAACUUAACCCAUUUAUGCCUAGCGUCCAUAAAAAAGCCUUAGCAAACAGCAUAGAUCCAGAUGAGACGCCGCAUCUCUGAGCUGGGUCUGCGCUGCUUGCUUGAAGGCAUUUCUGUAAGAAAUAUUCUAAAUAUAGAAAGAAAUAUUCUAGACAUCCCUAAUUUUGGAAAUAAAUUGAUCCAAUUUAGAAGGAUGGAAGAGUCCACUAGGCAUAAAUGGGUUAAUUUUUUGCAUUACUUGUAAUGACUUGGCAGCUUCUAGUAUACUGUUAACUGAUUUUGCAUUAAUUGAUAGAUAAUAAAAUGUUUUUCAUAAAUUACAACGUACUAUUUAGAAGACACUUUCUAUCAUUUUUAUUAUCACACAUGAUAAGUAACUGCAAUACUUGCGUUAUCUUCUGUAGUGUGUUGUAUUCCUUUUGUUUCUUUCAAUGUGCUUUUAUUGUAAUAAACCUGUACUCUUAAAAUGU